AUGUCUAGCUAAUAACCUCCAAUUAUGCAUCCUCCUAUGCAGGGAGGUAUGCCACCUCCACCACCUGGUUUAAUGGGCCCUCCUUAGAUGGGUGGUAUUCCUCCUGGCGGAAUGCCUCCCCAUAAUAUGAUGCUUCCACCUGGUAUGCAUCCACCUCCUAUGCCUGGUCCUCCUCCUGGAAUGAUGCCCCCUGGAAUGUCUGCCCCUCCAUAUAUGAUGGGAUAACCUCCAAUGGGAGGCGGAGGCAUGGUCCCUAUGCCUUACAUGAGACCAAUGAAAUAGUUCUUCCCUUAGGAAAUUUAAAAUUAUUUCAAAGAAAGAAACGUUGGGUUUAUCAAAUCAAAGAAUAAACCAAAAUGCAGAAGCUACGAUGCAACCACAUCUCAUGGAAUGUGGGAUUACAUUCUUUAGAAAUUCGAGAGAGGCCCACCUGUCCCUCUUGAAAAGUUUGAGACUCCUGAAGAGAAAAUGAUUAGAGAAAAGAAGGAAAAAAAGGAAAAGUUAAAAUAGAAAAUUAGAGACGAAAUGUAGAGCUGGAAUCCAUUUGAUGACUAAAAAUAAACUUCUGAUCCUUAUAAAACAUUAUUGAUAUUUAAUAUUUCUUACAAUGUAAAUGAAUCUAAAUUGAAAGAACACUUCAAGGUGUAUGGACCAAUCAAGUCUUGUCGCAUCAUUAGAAAUUAAAAUCAAAAGCAUAGAGGUUAUGGCUUCAUUGAAUUCGAAAGGAAAAAUGAUUUUAUUUCAGCCUAUAAAAAUGCUCACGAAAAGAAAAUUGAUGGCAGAAGAAUUGGAGUCGAUAUCGAAAGAGGCCGUACAAUUUUAAGUUUUAGACCAAGAAGAUUUGGCGGAGGAUUAGGUGAUUCUAGAAAAUCUAGAGCUAGAUCUGUGAGUGAAGAAAACGGCUACUUGAGUGACGACAGUGAUGCUGAUAAAAAGAAAAAAAGAGCUAGAAGUACAUCUUAUCAUUCUCGUCGUAGCAAUUCAAGAAGAAGCUAUUCCCGUAAAAGCCGUUCUCCAUCGAGAAGAAGAAGUCCUUCUCGCAGAAGCUACUCUAGAGAAAAGCAGAGAAAAUAUAGCAAUUCUAGAAGCAGAAGCAGAAGUAACAAUAAAAGGAGCAGAUCACCUUCUGCUAAACCCUUGAGAAAUAAAAGCAGAUCUCCUGAUAAAAAUGACAGGAAUUCUCAUGAUGCUCCUUUGAGAAAGCCAAGCAGAUCUCCAAACAGAAGAUCUAGAAGCAGAGAUAACUCUAGAGAUAAAUAAAAUAAUGGUUCAUUGAAAAACUCUAAGAAAUCCAGAAAGAGUAGAUCUCGCUCUCCUCUCAAUGAUAAUAGAAACAGUAGAAAUUACGAUGAUAAUAAUAGCAACAUCUUCCCAACAAACGAGGAAAGAUUAGAAAGAAAGGAAAAAAAAUCCAAAAAGGAUAGUAAGAGAGCAAAUCAUAAUCGUGACGGAGUUUAAAUUAAUGAAGAAGAGGGAGAAAUAAGAGGUGCUGAAGAAGGAGAAUGGGAUAAUGAUCGUGAUAGAAAGAAGAAGAAGAAAAAGGAAAAAAAAGAUGAUAAAAAAGAGGAGAAAGGAAGCAAAAAAGAAAAAAAAUCUAAAAAGGAUAAUUGA